AUGGCUACCUCCAAAGAUUCUCCCGCUCACUCUUAUACUCCUGUUUCUCCUUCUGAGAGAGCAGAUGCAGACGCCCAGGAGACCCAGUCCAACCAGAAAAGGCCUGCAAACAUCCCGAGCCGUCUACGAACCACAUAUCUCUUCCCUAUACUGCAUAUCCUCUGGUGCAUCCUGCUCGUUCGAUGCAUGGUGUUCCUCCUCGAUGGAUACCACGCCAUCCUCCCCGACGCGGCCCGCUACGUUGACAGACAGCUAAGACUUCGCGUUAGCGAUGUCACCACCAUCAUUUCGGUCGCUUUGGUGGUCACAAGGCUUCUUGUUGGAGCAUGGAUGGGCGUGGUCCUCUGGAACGUCGUCUUCAUUCUGCUGGGGACGUCCGGGUUGCACCUCUCCGAAGUCACCCAAACCUUCACCUAUAAAGUGCCGCCAUGGCAUGCCAUCCGUGGGAAUAAGUCCGGCCUCUUCGUUGUGGCACUCUUGCUCUUGGUCGUUCCGCAGCCGCUUAUUGGGCCCCUCAUAUCUGGUGCUGUGGACUGGGAUGUCGGCUUCAGAUACAGUGCGGACCUUGAGCAGACGCAAGCUGGGUAUCCUGGAGCUAGCCCCUUGCUCUGGUUCUGGUAUUACUACUCUAGCGAGGACCGUCGUUCCUACGUCCGCAGAGCUGCUGCCUACGCCUCAAUCGCAUGGGACGGCACGACGAUUGACAAGGGCCACUGUCGUCACAUCAUGAAUGACGAUGGAUUCCCCGUCAACUCCAGCAUCCUGGAUGCCACGAUCCCCUGUCUUCGGAUUAAUUCAAUCACGUUCCCAACCGAAUACCCUCCAGACGAUGUUUUCCAGAUCGUCAAUGGCUCAGUGCAUGCUUCGACUUGGGAGGACGAUCUGACUCGUGUCAAAGACCCUCCAUUAUCCUAUGGCAUAGAUGGAAACGCAGUUCUUUUCGAUAAGGACGACAGACCUGGGAUGCUGGGCAACUUCCCGAACAAGAGUGACAAUGCGUUCCGGAUGGAUGUCCCAUCUGCUUACUUGCAAUCCGGGAUCUUCCACGCCGUGGUUCUGAUCAACGGAACCGUCUCUCUCAAUGGAAAUAACUGUACAGACUUGAAAGAGAACAUCUUCGGUAUGAAGAAGUUCAACAAUAUCUUUACGCCGAACGAAAAGGGCAACUACUAUCGGUGUUUCACUUACGCAGUCGUUAAUCUCACUGCCGGCGUCGUCAGAAGCCCAACUAGCACCUACCUCUCGAGUCGCGUGAUUCAAGGUGAUACAGCCGACUCGGAAUUACCGAUAGAGCCUGCUCCCUGGGUCCAAGAAGCCAUGUACCUCAUGCCCGAUGUCAUGAGUGUGUUCAGUAUGAUGAACUCUUCCAGCCUCCCAACUUGGAACAAUCUGGAGGAAUACGUCACAAGACUCGUCCGAUACUCAUAUCAAGGCUCGUGGGACAUGCUCUCACGUUCAUUCGAGCCGGAUGACAACCUUCUAUCUGCAUAUCGGGAGAUUGAGCGCUUGAGGCGAAAGAUUCAUGAGCUCGAAUCAGAGCUUCAGCAACAAAAGGCCGAAAACAAUGUCGAUCCAGUAGUCUCUGCAUCGCGAGAAGCAAAUAUCGACCCACUUCUUUCACGCCCUUCUCAGAGUCCUGCUCGUUAUAGUUAUGGAAGCCCGACGUGGCUGCAAAAGGGGGUUCACAUCUGCGCUGGGCAAUCGACGAACAAGACGUGGUAUGGACCGUCGUCACUUUUCUACUUCAUUACGCAAGUUCUAGACCUGCUCGGCCCACCUGGGCUUCAAUCAGCCAGCCAGGACAAACUUCCGGGCUCUGUUCCAGCGAGCUCCUUGUUGGACGAACCAGGGAACACGGUUUCGCCCCUAGGUGAUGAUCGCCGGCCUGACCAAGCUGAUCCUACAUCGACUCCAGCAGAGGAAUACCUGUCUCUGAUGCAGGAAGAGUUCUUUAUUGAGCUCUACUGGCAAUCUCACCAUACAGCCGUCUUCCCGAUCAUCGAUGAGGCCGAGUUUCGGGAGCACUACAGAUCCUCAUGGACAGCUGAGGGCAACGUUAGGAAACCAUCCCCCCUCGUUGAUAUCGUGAUUGCAGUUUCCAUGCAGCUUGGCAUCUCGGCAACUCCAGCGGCUCGGCGGAACUUUGCCAGGCAAGAAGGCGAUGCGACAGUUGUUGGCCGGAGAUACUAUCUUCGCUGCCAGAAGCUUCUGGCAUAUGAGCUCGAGAGCCCUGUCGUUUCAACUUUACAGAGCCAGAUACUCUGCUCCGUGUAUCUCUGCUGCGCAAACUUUCAGAACAUGUCUGAUGGUGCUUGCGGCGCGGUAGUCAGAUCUGCACACAUGCUUGGCCUUCACUUAGAUCCACCAGACAGUCUUCCGCCAAAAGAGAGAGAGAUGCGGAGGCGACUAUGGUGGGCUGUUUAUAUCUUGGAUAGCAAGAUUGGCAUGAAAUAUGGCAGACCCUUCCUCCUGAACCAGACCAGGAUCAAGAUUCAGUCCGCUCGGCUCCAACCUCAGCUGGCUGAGCUUUAUCGUCUGCAAACGGAGCUGUUCCUGGCUGCAAGAGCAGUCUACACAGCCUUUUUCGAUGACGCAUCAAGGGCAUUCACAGGUAAUUCUGCCUCGGGCAACAUAGACGCUUUCGAGGCCCAUGCGGAAGCUUUCCGUGAAAGGCUUGGAGAAGUUGAUAUUUGGGCCCAAUCCGUGCCCGAUGCUCUGAAGACCACGCGGCUCGACAAUGGACGCCCCCUUUCAACAGACUCCUGUCCUCUUGACGUGGAAUUCUUUGCGCCCCUCUGGCUCCAACGACAACGCCUCUUGCUGGAACUCAUGUAUCACAACCUUUGUAUCAACCUCUGUCGGCCUUUCAUCUUUGCUUGCUCAGCGUCAACAUCUAUUGGUGUAGAACAGCUGGGGGUUAGAUGUGCUCAACAUGCUGCGACUUUUACCAGAAUUAUGCACCAAGUCCUUUCCUCGACAGAUAUCUUGAAUGGCUGGCAUGAAGCAUUCCAGUGGCAGUGGAAUGCGGCCAUGACGCUUGUAGGCUUUGUUCUGGCUUACCCCCAGGCUGCGUCCACGGCACAGGCCAGGAAGGGCAUUGACAUGUCCUUGGACGUUCUGGAUCUCUAUAGCGCUAGCUUUGCGGUGGCAGCAAAGGCUGCUGAUGUUAUUCGCCGGCUUCGUGCCGAGGUUGAUCGUGUCGCCUCCAUCACGCGUCAAAACUCAAGCUCACCGGUCUUGAUGAGACAGGCUGAGGGAGUUGAAGUGGUUGGAGUUUCUCCUGUGGACACGUCAUCGACAACUUAUGUGAGUGCUCUGGGCGAGACCGCUGAGGGACUAUCGCUGGGAGAGAAUGGGAUUGAUAUUAGCGAGAUGAAUUCGACGUCUCUGCAGGCCAUUCUAAAUAUGGCCUUUGACGUCGAUCAAUGGGCUGAGCCCUAUAUGCUCUGGCCGACCGGUGAUGGGCGUGGACUUUGA